GAAAAUAUCGCGUGGAUAAGGUUAAGCACCAUAUCAUGCCGAGCUACAACGAAAUAAACGAGUUUUACCGUUAACGCCAAAUGGUACAGAUGGAGAUUAAAAGAUCACGGUACUGGAAAAACCUUACAAGGCCACUACGUCCUAAGAGGAAGCUCGUUGCGCUGUUCUUGCUUGUGCUUGCCGUAUGGUUACUUGGGACGAAAACGCUAUCCACGUCGCUGCCUCACCAACUUCGCUUACAGCAGAUAGAUUGGCAGCCAAUACCUUAUACGAGGCUAGGAAAGUGCGAGUCGAAAGCAGAUGGUAGCAUUUACUGCCCUGAUAUUCGCAGCAAAGGGUCGACAUCGCUUCGACGAGCUCAACUAGUACUCACAAGGGUUCUUCGGAUCUUCGAUAUCAUUUCCAAGAAGCACGGCAUUAAAUAUUGGCUCUGUAAAGGCACUCUGCUGGGUGCCGUUCGACAUAGCGGACAUAAUCCUUUUGACGAUGACGUAGACAUUUGUAUCCCCAAAAUAGACUAUCAAACAUUUAUCAAGUCCGGUGUCAGUGAGCUUCCAGAAGAUAUAUUUUUUCAAACAGAGGACACAGAUGUUCAUUACAAAGUUCCGCCGCAGAGCGGGAUGCUGGGGAAAUUACGCGACACCAAAAGCUGUUAUAAAUACUGUUUGCACAGCGGCUGUAAGCACGCAGAUGGUCUUAUGAUAGAUAUGUUAGUCUUGGAGAAGGACAGCGAUGGAAACUUCAUCGAAUUGUUCAGUCACACCAAUUGGUUUUUACGAAGGUUUAUCUACGGACCUAUAAAAAGAAAAGAAAGCGACGUUUUUCCUUUGAUAGAAGUGAAUUUCGACGGUUUUUUAAUGCCAGCUCCUCGCGAAUGGAGAAAAAUUCUCGAAUCGUAUUACGGCGAUUUUAUGAGCAUACCAUACGGGAAGUCGCCCGCCUUUCUUGAUACAGAUGCAUUGAGGAGCUGCGAGGAAAUAGUGAAAUCUUGAAAAAAAGAAGGAAUACAACGUAAAGUCUGCGCCAUAUAAACAUGUCAAAUCUAUAAUAGAUCGAAAGCAUAAGCUUCACAUGAUGGCAGCUCUAAUAUUGACUUUUGGAAACCCGAAAAUGUCAAGUUUUCCUGGGGUCGCCAACCUUCUCUCCCCCGUAUUUUGUUCUGUACUUUAGUUACCUCCUCGUUUAUGUUUUUCGGUUAAGUUUUUUUUAGCGUUUUAUCCAUCAGUUAUAUCUUUUCGCACGUUAUUUCGCGGUCCUCUUGUAUCUAAAGCCAGUUUCUUUUAAGCAUUGUCACUUCUUAUAUCAGUUUAUCAAACGUUGCGCUUGGCGCAGUUCUCUGUUUAGAAAUCCUCAAGUUGUUCGAUUUUUCAGUUAUAGAUUAGGCGUUAUUAGGCAUUUGAGGGGGAGUGGUCGUCGCUAACAGAGUAUGAAGGGCGUGCUAUAGAACAUUGAGUGUUUCGUUUAUCCUGUUAUCCUCUCCCCAGUCCCUCCAACAGGAGCCUGGCCACGCAAGGUCCAGUUUUUCUGACAGGGUCAAGUAUUCAUACUUGAGUUGGUAAAAUGAAAAAACAUGUACUUAAAGCUAAAAUUUAUCAGAACACGCUCAGUAGUCGCACAGUUA